ACGAAUGCUUGAAGGGAGGCGUGGGGAGGCUGUGACUUUAAGAGUGAAUGAGGAUCAGCUUCCCUCUGAUUGGUUUGUGGAAGUGCGAGCCGUGAACCAAUAGAAUUGAAGACUGUACAAAGCAAUCUCGUCCCAGCCCCCAGCGCAGCUUCAUCUCACUAACACGUAGAAAGCACUGGGCUGCGGCACAGACAGAAAGGAAUCAGCUCGUAUUUUUCGAACAUUAUAACGCAUUUUAUUCUGUAGUUCCGCCCAAAUGGCUUGAGAUGUUUUUGUUGUUGUUGUUGAAAUAUCCCCCAAUUUGUGUGGAUGGAGCAAAUUCCUUGAAGAGGAUGAGGAUGUUUGCAUCAUAGCGGAGCAAGGAUGACAAAGACAAUAGGAAACCGAGACUGGCGAUGGCGAGCUCUUUUGUGGCAUUUUCUCUUGUGGACUACAGUGGAUGCGCAGACUCGUUACAGCAUCCCCGAGGAGCUCAAAAAAGGCUCCGUGGUGGGAAAUGUGGCCAGAGAUCUGUCUUUGGGGCUGUCUGAGAUAUUUGAGCGCAAUCUGCGUGUCGCCUCCGAGGCUGGUAAGCAGUAUUUCAGCGUGGAUGCGGGGAAGGGCGAGCUGCUGGUCAGCGACAGAAUAGACAGAGAGGCUUUGUGCGGACAAAGCGCCACCUGCGUGCUGCCUCUGCAAGUGGUGGUGGAAAAACCUUUAAAUCUGCACCGAAUUGAAGUGGACAUAAAAGACAUUAAUGACAAUUCACCUCGGUUUCAUACAAACGAACUCUCUUUAAAAAUCGCGGAAUCAGCCGCAGUCGGGACUCGUUUCCUUUUAGAAAGUGCGGAGGAUUUAGAUAUUGGGAGCAAUUCGGUAAAAACUUAUACUUUGGCUAAAAACGAAUGUUUCACAUUGAAAGUAAAGGAGGUUGAGGAUGGUAAAUUAGUUCCUGAGUUGGUGUUACAAAAACCACUGGAUAGAGAAAAGAAAUCUUCUCAUCAGCUCCAACUGACUGCUUUAGACGGAGGAAAUCCAGUCAUGUCUGGCACUACACAAAUUACUGUUGCGGUGCUUGACAACAAUGACAAUUUCCCUGUUUUUGACAAAAAUUUGUAUAAAGCGUCCUUACAAGAAAACGUGGCAAAAGAUGCAUUUGUACUAAAAAUAACAGCGACUGAUGCAGACGAGGGACAAAACGGAGAAGUGGAAUAUUUUUUUAGCACACGCACACUUGAUUCUGUGUUGUCUGUUUUUAAAUUAAAUUCGCAGACAGGUGAAAUAUUUUUAAAGGGAGACUUAGAUUAUGAAAAAGCUGCGUCUUACAAAAUUGAAGUGACUGCUAAAGACAAAGGGACUCCUGAAAUGGAGAGUCACUGCCGUGUACAGAUUGAUGUUAUUGAUAUUAACGAUAAUGCUCCAGAAAUUAUCCUCACCUCAGAACCGCAGCCAGUCCGCGAGGAUGCACCAAGUGGAUCCGUUGUAGCUCUGCUUACAUCACGUGAUGCUGACUCAGGUAAUAAUAGUAAGGUAACAUUGCAGCUAGCAAAAGGCUCACCUUUUAUUCUGAAACCAUCUUUUUCAAAUAAUUACGCGCUGGUCACCACUGGUGUUUUAGACCGAGAGAGUACGUCUCAGUACAAUAUUGAAAUAAUAGCCAGCGAUGCAGGCUCUCCUCCUCUCUCGAGUAACAAAAUGAUACGUGUCAGCAUCACUGACGUUAAUGACAACCGUCCUGUGUUCUCUCAGAGCUCGUACAAUGUAUAUUUAAAAGAAAACGGAGUAGCAGGCUCUAUACUGUACUCGGUGUCUGCAAAUGACCCGGAUGCUGGUGAAAAUGCCAAAGUCUCUUACUCCAUCGUGGACUCGAAAGUGCACGACGUGUCCGUGUCGUCUUACGUUUACGUGAACUCGGAGAACGGCAGCAUCUACAGCAUGCACUCGUUUGACUACGAGAAAGUCAAAGUGUUUCGGGUUCAGGUUGAGGCGAAGGACCAGGGCUCCCCGUCUCUCAGUAGCAACGCCACCGUCCACGUUUUCAUCCUGGACCAGAACGACAACGCCCCCGCUGUCAUAUACCCCUCCCCCCACGCCGCCUCCCACCUGAGGGUGCCCCGCUCGGCCAAGGCGGGCCACCUGCUCACCAAGGUGACGGCCGUGGACGCCGACUCGGGCCACAACGCCUGGAUCUCGUACAAAGUGGCGGAGGCCACGGACGCCUCCCUGUUCACGAUCAAUUUGUACACGGGGGAGGUGAGGACCAAACGCGCCGUGUACGAGCACGACGACUCCUCUCAGAAGCUGAUCGUUGAAGUCAAAGACGACGGGGAGCCGGUCCAGUCGGCCACCGUCACGCUGUCCAUCCUGCUGGAGGACGGCGUGAGCGAGCCCGUGUUGGAGCUGAGACACAAGGCGUCCGAGCCCGGCAAGAAAGGCGGCAGAAUCACGCUUUAUUUGAUCGUGGCUCUGGCCUCGGUGUCCGUGCUGUCUCUGCUCACUUUGCUCGUCUUGGGCGUCAAAUGCGUGAAGAGCAGCACGAGCGGCGCCACUUGCUGCGUGCGGCGGACGCUAUCGGAUGACGACAAGAAGCCCAACAGAAAUUUGCACAUUCAGCUCAACACCGAUGGACCCAUCAAGUACGUGGAGGUUCUGGGAGGAGACGUCAUGUCUCAGAGUCACUCCUUCCGGUCGUGCAUGUCUCCCAUGUCGGAGUACAGUGAUUUCACGUUGGUCAAGCCCAGUAGCACCACUGACUUUAAGGAGGUCAUCAGCGUCCUGGAUGCUUCUUUGCCUGACAGCACCUGGACAUUUGAGAGCCAGCAGGUGAGCCAAAAUUGUGGAAAAAAAAAAGAUGAAUUUUAAACGUCCAACUCGGAAUCAAAAUACUUGUGCCAGUGAAAUCAGGAUAAAUUGGCUCGGAAAUUGUUCACUCAUGAAAUAUAUUUCAAUACAAUGUGGGCGGUCUGCUUUCACAUAACUGAACAUUCUGUUGAAAAAAAAUCUGUUCGACGAGCAGGCCUGCUGUGUUGUCCAAUUGGAGCUGAGUGUUUCAGCACUAAUUCAAAGGACAGCGACGGUGAUGAGUGCCGGUGACAGGGCCCACUUGCAAACUGGAGA